AUGUCUAGUUGUGAUUCAUUACUCAAUAACCAUUUGCUAUUUUAUCAAACAUUUCAGCGUUGGUUUAGUAGAGAAGGUUGUUGUGGUGGAAGUAGUGACGACAUGAUUGUGAAAGAAUAUCGAUUAGUUCUACCGAUGACGGUCGAAGAGUACCAAGUUGGUCAACUUUGGUCCGUUGCCGAAGCAUCAAAAGCUGAAACAGGUGGUGGUGAAGGUGUCGAAGUUUUAAAGAAUGAACCAUUCAAGAAUUAUCCUUUGCUUGACGGGCGUUAUUCAUGUGGUCAAUAUACGCACAAAAUAUAUCAUUUGCAAACAAAGGUGCCGACGAUAGUACGAACAUGUGCACCUAAAGGUUCUUUAGCGAUACACGAAGAAGCAUGGAAUGCUUAUCCUUACUGUAAAACAGUUCUCACGAACCCUGAUUAUAUGAGAGAUGAUUUUUUCAUCCAUAUCGAAACAAUCCAUUUACCGGAUCGGGGAACCACACAGAAUGCGCAUAACUUAAGUGCAGAAGAUCUUGCUAAGCGUGAAGUGAUUGAUCUCGACAUUGCUAAUGACACUUCAUAUUUGACUACUAAUGAUAUCAAACCGGAAACAACACCAUCAAGAUUCAAAAGCCUGAAAACCGGGCGUGGUCCUCUAGUAGGAAAUUGGAAAGAAACAAUGGAACCGGUGAUGUGCGCUUAUAAAUUGGUAAAAGUGCACUUUAAAUGGUUCGGUUUAACGAAAAUAGUAGAAAAUUACGCACAUCGUCAGUACCCACGUCUAUUUACGAAAUUCCACCGUGAAGUAUUUUGCUGGAUGGAUAACUGGUACGGUUUAACCAUGGCCGAUAUUCGUGAAAUCGAGGAUAAAGCCCAAAAAGAAUUAGAAGAGGCCAGAAUAAACGGACCUGUACGCGGCAUGAUGCCGUAG